UGGUUCUUUAUAUUGAUAUGCUGUGGUGUUUGUUAUAGGUAUCUUGGGUGUUGAUCUCGUGUUUUGCACGGUGACAUCAUAAUUGAAAUUCAUUUUCAAACCUACAUCGUCUUGAUACGGCCCUGGAAUCUGGAUCGGUGGGAUAUUGGAUACAAAUUGUGAUCUUCUUAGGUCAAGGGAAUCAUGUCUGGCGGCGGAGGGUUAGAAGAGAUUGGUAUUCCCGGAAAGGAAUACCUCCGGAAGGCGCUCACAAGCUGUUCGGAUCCGCUAAAAGCCAUCAGUGACUUUCAGGCAGAGAAUGGCAUUCUUCUUCCAUCGUUGAGACCUAUGCUCCCUCUGCUGGAUCUCCAUGGCGUCAAACGGUUCGAAUUUCACACGUCUGUGAUGGAGAGCCUUUGCGAUAAGCUGAUCCAGCAGAUAAACGACAUCGGUAAGCUGGAGGGUCGUGAGCGGGACAGAAAGCUGCGCGACCUGCUGCACAAGUCGUUCCCGGUGAUUCGUUUCAAGACGCUGCGUCCGAUCGUCAUGGCCAUCCUCAAACACACGCGGGAGGUGGAUCACAAGUUUCUGAAAGUGCUGGUACGUGACAAGGAGCUCUACAAUGACCUGGACACGGAGGUGAAGCGUCAGAUCUGGACCGACCACCAGACCCUGUUUGGUGACGAGGUUUCCCCGCUGUUCAUCCGCUACGUGCAGCAGAAGGAGGCGGCGCUGCUUACUCACACCAACCUGAACAACUUCUUCGACCUCACGCCAAAGGUCCGCAGACAGGGCGAGAUCAUCCAGAAGAUCGUGCAUAUGAUCGGACACAGCGUCAAACUGUACGACAUGGUGCUCCAGUUUCUACGUACGCUGUUUGUCAAGACGAGGAACGUGCACUACUGCACCCUGCGCGCGGAGCUCCUGAUGGCCCUGCAUGACCUCGAAAUUCAGGAGAUCGUUGACCUGGACCCGUGCCACAAGUUCACCUGGUGUCUGGACGCCUGUAUCCGUGAGCGGAGCGUCGACACCAAGCGAGGCAGGGAGCUGCAGGGUUUCCUGGACAGCAUCAAAAAGGGAAACGAACAGAUUCUCAGCGACCUGUCGAUGAUCCUGUGCGACCCGUUCGCUGUCAACUUCCUGGCCACGUCGGCGCUGAAGAUCCUGACGCAGCUUAUCAACAGCGAGGGCAUGCCUCGCGACCACGCCGUGCUGCUGCUGCUACUGCGGAUGCUGGAGCUGGGCCUGCACGCCUGGGACAUGAUCGACAGACAGGAGUUCCGUGAGCCGCGGCUGGACCCGCAGGUGGUUACCAAGUUUGUGCCCUCGCUGGUCUCCCUGAUUGUGGACGACCAGGUGCGGGCGCUCAACCAGCGCCUUCCGCCCGACGAGCGCGCCUCAGCCAUCACCAUCAUCGAACACUCGGGUCCGCCACCGGACGCCUACCAGGCUUACAUCACCGAAUCGAGCGUAGCCUGCCUGCUGGCCGUCUACUACACGCUGCAGACGGCUAGGAGCCGCGACCGGGUGGGCCUGAUGCGGGUACUCGGCUGUCUCUCCGCCAGCGAGGGAGACCGUGCCUUCGAGGACACGUUCCUGCACUCGCUGGUGACGCUGCUGAUCGGCAUGAGUGACGAGCUGGCCACGGAGGACUUUUGCACGGUCAUUUUCGACGAGUUCUUUUUCACGGCGCUGUCCAAGGAGAACGUGGUGCAGCAGCUGGGGAAGCUGCUGUGGCACACGCACGCCAAGCUGCCGACGGCGCGGCGUGACACCCUGAUGCAGGCGCUCCACCACCAGCCCAACCUCAGGCCGCUGCUGGAGCAGCUGAGGGAGAAGAUGGAGCGCGACGAGGGAGACGUGGAGAUGCCGCCGCCGGCGCCGCCCGUCGACUCACCGCUCAUGUCGGUACCGACACCUGCGCCUCACCGCGGUGACUACCCGUGACCGACGCCACACCGCGGUGACUACCCGUGACCGACGGGCCGUGAGUCGUGAGAGCCACUGACACUCACAGAUGGCGGCACCGCUCCGCGCUGUCCCUACACCGGUAAGCGGUGAGUUCCACCUCGGACGAUUGAGGACACGUCGAACCCAGGCCUGUGCUAAUGUGGCGGCUGAAUACCACCGGAUCUCAGUGACCGCGAGCGUUAACUGGUGCGGAAUCUCACCGACUGCAGCUCCGGAACUGCCGCUCGGUCAGGUGGGUUGAGAGGUUCCAGACACGGUUCAUGACGGUACUGCCGUGGUGGACUGGAGAAAACUGCCUGAAGGACCUGUAGGCCGACCAGUGGGGUAUCUGGGAAACGCAGCGGAAGCGCCCGGGAACCGAGAGACUGACGGAUGGAACCCGCCAGUCGCCUGUCAGUGUGCCAGUGCGGUUCCGUCUUGACCAUCGUUGUAGGACACUAUAAAGCGAAGCUGGUGUGCAGUGUUUUGUUUUGCAUGUAUGACCUGAUUUCAUCAUUAGUUUAUCGCGUUGGUGACGGAAUGCUAGUAUAUUCAUCUAUAUCGAUGAAGAAAAUACGAAUUGAAUGUGCUAUAAUCGAUCAUUGACGGAUGCUUUCUGAGUUUGCCGUCUUGUCCAUCGUCAUGCAUCGUACCUGUUUUGUAAAUAAAGUAAAUAUAAAAGAACUCUG